AGUGCCUCGGUCAAAUUUGAUCUACGGCAGCCGGCAACCGGCCGCCGUAAUGCAAAUGCGACCGAGGCUUAACCCAAAAAGACAAACCUCGUAAACCACGUGAAUGAUAUUGACUAUUCUCAAUAAUUGUUCAUUUAUAAAUCACACUUCAAAACGCCAACUUUAACCUUGGUAAAAAAUUCUUGUACAACCGCAGAGAGCUGGGGACUGAAUUUACAUUUCGAGACAACUCAACUGAUCUGUUCCAAUGCCCCGAGGCGGUCCUGGAAACCAAACUGAUGUUGGAGGACGGGCGCAAAAAAUUCAAACUAGAACAAAGAUUUGGGUCCAAUAUUUGAAUUGAAAAAUUAGGCCCAAAAUUAAGACAUUUAGUCCAGUAAUUUCAAUUGUUAUUCCUCUCAUAUCUCAUGCCCAGUUUAUGUGGAUGGGCGAGUAUGUGAGGGGGGAUGCCCGCCAUGUACAUGUAUCAUCAACAAUUUCUAUUCGUAAAUAAACUUGAUUGAAAUCGGGAUCGUCUAGACUCUUGGAUGCAUAGAAGGAGUGUUGUCCGCGCACGGGAGCCUUUCAUACUCAGGUAAGCGUUUGGCUACAUAGGCGUUCAUGUGAGUCCGUGAGGCCAUAGGCUGUAACCAUGGGCUCGAAAUAUAGAAAAUGUUAACGCUCUUCCAGGGCGUUACCAGUUGACAUCAUCAAGCAUAAGCCCCAUGUUUGACAAAUCCCCGGGAGUUUUUUUAAAUCUGUACUAAACGAAAUGAAUCAACAAAAUGGCGGAAGAAAAUGCAAAAAUCAAAAUUUAAAUUUGGACACAAUUUUGAGUAUUAUACCCGAUUAGGACACAUAAUGUGCAACAAGUAUGAAUCGAUUAUCAUCUAUCAGUAUCAUUUUAUUAAUACAUCAACUAAUCUUGCAGGUAUCUAGUUUAGGCAAUGGCUUAGUGUAUAUAGACUCUGUGGAUGGUGAUGGAGUAGGAGUCAACAAUAAUGGCUCUUACACUGUAACAAUAAACGCACCAAAUGGUGUUGUCAAGGUUUCCAUUGUGGCACUUGAUAGUGAUUCUGUCAGUCAACCAAUCCUAGGAACAGUGAGGGUAUCAUGUGAGCUAGCACCACAGACUGCUGGGUACAGCAGCACCUCCUUUACUCCAAUCAUCCUUUCAAAUGCAGCAAGACAGGGGGACGUCAAUUUUGUGGGAAAUAAUGCUGGUCGAAUGACAUCAUUACAGUGCUGGGGUGAAUCUGUCAGUCCCACAGGAGACCCUCAAUUCACCAAAUCACACUCUACCAGUCUACCAGUGGAAUUUACCAUACUACCAGCAGGCACUGUUAACUUCUGUAGUGCGAUUAUCACUGUACCUAAAGAGUUUGCCCUGUUUCAAUCAACCUUCACUCUUGAAUUCAGUGAGGAAGUGAGAGGUAAUAACGUCACUGUGAACUGUACAGUGCAAACCUCUAACAUAACAGACCAGCUGAACAUAACCAUACCUUCAUACCAAGCUAAUGUAGGAGUCUCUACAGUGCAGAUGCAAUACACCAUAGAAGAGCAUGGUAGUCCAACCUCAGUGAAAUGCACAGCUUUAUCAGACAAUAAUGGAAGACAAUUCCUCGCUGAUAAUUCUGCAGGUGACCCUGCAAUGUUUGUGUCAGCAGAGGGGGCGGUCAACCUUUACCCACAGGUCACACAGGCACAGACCACCAUUUUAAAGGCAUUUUUGGUGUUGGAAAACCCUGUAGUUGAGACAGAAGUUAACUUUAUAUGUCAGCUAACUAUGGUAAAUGAUACUACAGAAGCUCUGGACAUCGCUCUCAACCCAUUAUGUGUUACGCCCAAGACAGACCGUGUUACAGCAAGUCUUCCAACUGGAACCACAAGUUCUCCCAUAGGGAAUUCAACCCAAAUACCAUACAGCUGGGCUCUUAAAAAGACUGAAAUCAAGUUCAAGCCUGAGACGCGUGACUUGUUUCAUACGAUUGAGAUAGAGAGGAGUGACGUCCCUGAAGAAUGGACUCGUGAGCUUGUAGUUGUCACAUGUUGUGCCCCAUCUGAUAGCAACAAUCACCCUAGAUACACAAAUGUCUCUACAGCUCUGUUGUUAGUGGCUUACAUGGAUCCUGUGCUACCUGUCAACUGGACGAAUGCACCUUAUGUUACUGGUGUAUCUGGUGAGAGUGUAGUGCCAAACCCAGCCUGGGUGAGAGUCUCCCCCUGUCCUUGUGACAUCACAGUGUCCCUGUGUGACAUAGGCUGCUGUUGUGACCAGGAUUGUACAGAGUCUGAAAAAUCUGCAUUCACUUGCUUGGAUGGAAUAAAAGGAGGCGCCACUAGUGAUGGACCUAUAUCACAAAGCUGUCUGGCCCCUCGUAUAGACAACUGGUCAUCAGUGAUGUGUAUCGAGACUGCAAAUUCUGCGCAUUUAGGUUAUUUCUAUGAUACACCAUCAAAGGUCUCUUCCCUUCAAGCUUACACAUUGAUGGCACAAAUGGGGAAAGAUAGCUACACUUACCAAGAAACUGGUAAACGGUCAACAGAAGAGAAUUUGCCAGGUACAGACAGGAUAGGAUACAAACAAGGAAUCAUGCUUAAAACAAGAGUGCUUGGUGAGCCCGGUGGCAGUUCAACCUUCACAGGUUAUCUAACCCAGCCACAGGAAACUGCAGAUGGAUGUUUACAGACUGCUCCAAUUCACUAUCUAAUGGACACAGAGUCCAGGUGUUCCUACAAGGUGAAUGCUGACUUGUGUAAGGAGGACUCUGUAUUAAGUGCAGCUAUGUACAUACAAAGUAGCACCCAGUCUCAACCACCUUGCCCUAGAUCUCCAGCCUUAUUGGCUCAACAUGGGGGCUCCAAGUUGGCACUCACAACAACUCACUAUCUAUGUGCUGAGGAUUACACAGCAUUUGUUAAAUCAACUGAAAAUAUUGAAGAUAUGUUAAAGCCAAAUAAGGCAUCAUUGUUCGUUUUGGAUUUAGCACCUGGAUGUGCUAUAGACUCCGAAGGGAGCACUUCUUGUGAGAAUGGCACUGAAUUUGUACCAAUAGGAGACAGUUUUGUCAAUGAAACCCAGUAUGCGCGAUGCACAUGGGACGACAGCUUUACAGCUCCACCAUUGCCAAUCUACAAUGCUACGACAAAUAUGUGUCAUAAUGCGGUUGUUGACGUUACUUAUGACAUCAUCUGGGCGGGAUUGGAAAUCCUCCAAUUAAACGCUACAAUUAUUCUUGCUGAUCUUCCCACAGUUAUCACUAAUGAAAUCAACACAACUGUACGAUAUACAAAUGAGUUCAAUGUAACAGACCCUGUUUCAAAUGAGACAACGGUAGAUCGUGUAGAAAGUUCUUACACCAAGACAACCAUUGUGGAGCUACCUGUAGUUGUAACACAGCCAAUGAAGACAAGGUUCUUACACAAUUUCUCUUCAAACCAAACAACAGAAAGUGACAUACAAAAUGAUGUAACAGCAAGAUCUGGAAGUCCUGGUUAUUUGCUUGGCAAACCACUGCUGAGUAGCGUUGGAAUGCCAUUUGGAAGUACAGUGGAAAAUGUGACCAGUUAUAACACUGAUUUAGCUUACCAGCUAGCUUUAUGGAACACAGAUGGCAGCGGACUCUGUGUUCAAGCUAAGAAACGUGGAUUGAAGUUUGGUGAAGACGCACAAAGUGGAUGUCUACUCAGAUUGAAUUAUUCUCUCCUAAAUGACUGUGAUAACCUAAGACGCACUGUGUUAAAUCGUCAACUAGCCAUUAUGCCGUCUGAGUAUGUGCGCAAAUUUGGUGACCCUGACCUUGACAGUUCCAUUGACUGGCUAUCAAUUGUCAGGGAACCAUUUUUUAUCAAUAACACAGAGGACAUAGCUGAAACCAACCUUGCAUUAAACAUCACAUCUGGUUUAAACAGCACAUCUGCACCUGAGUCCAACAGCAGUAUAAGCAACAAGAGCACCAAUGAUGAAGUAUUUCAACAGCUGCAAGGAGUAUGUGCAGAUGUUCCUGCUACCAUUUACUUACAGAUAUUCUAUGCAGUGACUGGGGAACUCUAUGGGGAGGAUGUGCACCAGAUCACAGGAGCUUACAUCAAAUUCGAGCCAACCACUUGGAGCCUUGGGUGCUCUGGGGUAACAUCCACCAUGUGCAGUAUUGAUAGUGAUCUUGUGCAAAGCUUUACAGUGAAUAGUGUCGUUAAGUUUAUCAAAGUUCCAGCCAGGGAGCCAGACCCUGUCACCAG